AGGGCGUUUUGGCUUCAAGCGAUGCCGGCAACUACAUGUAGCCGAAUCGACAGCCAUGCCAAAUUGUUAUCUCUCUUGGCAACAAUGGCGUUCGGAGUUCUCCAGGAGAGCCAAUCACAAUCAAGGAGAGAAUUUUCUCGCACAAAUGAAACAAUGGAGUCAACUAUCGGAGACAUUUGGCAUUACCGAAAGGGUUACAUGACUCAAAGAGAGAUGCAAAUUCAUCAGUCGAAAUUUGGUAUUUGAGACUAAAACAGUUAUUAUCUCUACUUUUAAAUAGCGAAACGACAUUUUCGUUUACUUAUUUCGUUUGCCUGCCCAAUUUCUACCAUACUCAGAACAACUUAGAAUUUUUAAAAUAACAGCGCAGAAACAUAUCAGGGUUAUGUCUAAACAACGUAAACUUUUACAAGUUGUUCUUCUAAUUGUCAUGGUGUCAAUGUGUCUGUAUUGGUACGCUGCAUAUCACGAUGUUGUAGAACAUUCUGAGCUUUUUCAUCUAAUAACCAAAGAAACUAAAUACAUUUUACUAUGGAAAGAAUUCUGGGGAUAUAAAUUUGGAUCAGGUAAUAAGGCUUUCGUUAACGCAGGAUGCCGAAUUCUUGACUGCCUCAUCACUCACAAUGCCAGCCUCAUGCCUCACGAGGAUUUCGACGCCAUAAUGAUUCAUCCACCGACACAGAAUAUUCCGUACAAGUUUAAAAAUCGAAGGCCAGAUCAAAUUUUUGUCAUGUUCACUCUUGAGCCGCCAUCACACAUGCCCCGAAACUUGAAGGUGUUUGACAACUAUUUCAACUGGACCAUGACUUAUCGAACAGGAUCUACUUUUCACCUCAAGUACGGCGAAAUAAUUCCUUUGGACAGCGCACCGAGCACGAUGGAUCAAGCAAUGGCCAUGCGACAAGAGAUGAUGCGAUCAGGCAUCAAUCCAGCACAGGGAAAGACAAAACUAGCUGUUUGGUUGGCAACUAACUGUAACGCUGGAAGCAACAGACAAACGUAUGUUAAAAUAUUGAAAAAAUAUGCCAUGGUAGACAUUAUCAGUAAAGGACAAUCGUGUGGUGGCAGGGACGUUUGUCCUAGAGAAAAGAACCGCAAGGUAUGCUAUCAUCUGGUUGAGAAAACUUAUAAAUUCUACUUGUCCUUUGAGAACUCCAUCUGUGAAGAAUACGUCACUGAAAAGUUCUUCGAAAUGAUGAACCGAAACAUAGUGCCCGUUGUUCUUGGGGGAGUUGAUUAUGCUGCCAUUGCUCCACCACACUCCUACAUCAAUGCCCUGGAUUACACUCCCCGUCAGCUGGCUGAAUAUCUGAACGAGUUGGAUCGUAAUGACACUUAGUACGCCGAGUAUUUCUGGUGGAAGCCACACUAUCGUGUCAACGACCUCUAUGAGACGAGCAAGACAGCAUUUUGCGAUUUGUGUGAAGCUCUUCAUACAAUGCCCUUGAGAAAGUCCACAGUCGAAGGUAUACAAGCAUGGUACAUGGAACCAUCUCUUUGUACACAUAUGCCAAAUUUCAAGGACAAUUGAAUAGCCUCCGUCCACCUACGUUAUAUUAGGUUACACAUACUGGAAUAAAAAAAUUGCGCUUUUUUAAGUCAAUACACGAAAUAACGUAAAAUAAAAAAUCUAAUCCCACCCAAGCUCAAUCGCGACAGUUUU